AAAGCAAAAGAAAAGAUUUUCAGUUUUACAAUGAAAAAAAUUGUCGCAAUGAUAUUUUAUAAAAGAAAUGAACCUUGCAAAUGCAAGGCGAAGUAAGGGUGAAGAUGCUACUGAUGAUGACACCCCAAGUACCUCUGGACGCCAAUUUGCAAACUCUCAUGUUUCUCAGCGUUUUGGCCAAUCUCCCCUACCUGCUUAUGAACCAGCUUUCGACUGGGAAAAUGAGAGGUCAAUGAUAUUUGGCCAGAGGACUCCAGAGAACCCUGUGGUACACCAUGGCAGUUUCAGAAUCUUGAUCCUUUCUUAAAUUAUGUUGAGAUUUAUUGGUUUGCUUUAGAUCAAUCUCUCACAGUCUAUGAUAUCUUGUCUGUUGGGAUUGGUGGCCUUAGUGGAUUGAAGAUCUCUGUGAAAGUUCUGUCCCUUACGUUUCAAGCUGCUGUGGAGUUGUUGGUUAGUGUUCUUUCCCUGUUAUCCACAAGCUGCUGCGUCUCUAUAAUGUUAAAGAUACUGCUUUAUUUCAUUAUUUUUUGCACAUUUAAGAUUUCUGACCUUGUUCCCUCUAUUUCUCUCAGAGCCAUUCUAUGGUACAAUUUGCUUAUACAAUAGGGGGAGUAGAGAAAAAUUGUCAAAAGAUUUCUAUUUUAGCGUUCUACCAACUGAAAAUCUCUCUGCUAUGCCUAAAAAAGACCCAGGUGUGACUCUAGGCUUGUUCUUUCUGUUUUCAUUAUCCUUUCUAUACCCUUGCACCCCCAAACCAGUCCUUUAAGCAUAAUCUGACCGCAUCAGGAAUAUAUCAAAUUAUAUGUU